AUGGGAAUCAAGAGAAAUGAUUUACAAUUUAUCAUCAUAAUAAAAAUAAUUACUUUGGAAAGCAUAUUAGAAAAGCUUUUUAAAAAUAGGAAUCCUAUUUAGACAUUUGAAAUAGAAUUCGAUAGUGAAAUAAAUGCAUUUGAUAGUGAAAAUAUGAUUAUAACUUUAUUAAUAUAUAUCAUAUCUGAAGAAUAAAUGUGUGUAUUGGAAAUUGAUAGGGAAGAAGAUUUAAAAUUUUAAACAACUAAUUUAGAUUAUUUAAUUUUUAAUGCUUUUAGAUUAAAAUUUGUGAAAUGCUUUGGGAAUGAGUUUUAUUUAAUGGAAUAUCAAAAAUAUGCUAGUUAAGAAGCUAGUGAUGAAUUCUUUAAUUAAAGUGCAAAUAUCAACUAUAAAUUGAUAUAAGAAAGAAUUAGAUUUUUCAACUUUUCAACUUAAUAAUAUAAAGAUUAUUAUUCCUCUAUAAAUUUAUCAAUAGAUACAAUUUUAAGCACUGAAUUGUAAAUUUUCCCUAAUUAUGAAUUAAUUCAAAUGAAGAAUUUAUAGUAAAUAAAAUGUUCAAUUCUUAAACUUACACUUAUACAACAAAAUAUCUGA